ACAAAAGCAAAGGAAAAUAUCGACAGCUGUGUAAAAAUUGAAUUAUCCGACUUAAAAUCCGAAAAAAUACAGUUGAACAGUCGUCGAAACGCCCCACGGUCCAAAAAUGUGGGACACAUCCAUGUUUUUGAGUACUUUAACGCCGAAAUUUUAUGUCGCACUCACCGGUACAUCUAGUCUUAUCUCUGGCAUAAUUUUAAUCUUCGAAUGGUGGUAUUUUCGCAAAUACGGCGCCUCCUUCAUCGAGCAAGUGUCUCUCAAUCACAUCAGUCCGUGGAUCUCGGGCGACACGCAAUCGGAUUCUAGUCAAGCGAGCACCAAUGGAGGCGCAAAUGGAGCAAACGGCACCGGCGCUACCACAAUGAGCGAAUGCAAGGUCUGGCGAAAUCCCCUGAAUUUAUUCCGUGGCGCCGAAUAUCAGCGUUUUUACUGGGCAACGAAUAAGGAGCCUCUCACGUACUACGACAUGAAUUUGAGUGCCCAGGACCAUCAGACGUUUUUCACGUGUGAAGGCGACGCAGGAAAGGCUGAAUAUGAAAUUAUGCAGACGGCGUGGCGUGAACGAAAUCCCGUGGUACGAAUCAAAGCGGCGCAUAAUGCGUUGGAAAUAUCGGCGGAUUGUGCUCCAGCGUAUAUUUUACUCGCCGAAGAAGAGGCAACGACAAUUCUGGAGUCGGAAAAACUUCUGAGAACGGCACUAAAAAUCGCCGAAGCGAAUUACCGGAAGAGUCAGGCACUGCAACAUCAGGGUAGUGUGUCGGAGGGGGUGCAUCGACGCGACACAAAUGUGCUGAUUUACAUCAAAAGACGUCUCGCGAUGUGCGCGAGGAAACUCGGGAAACUCAAAGAAGCGGUAAAAAUGUUCCGCGAUCUCACAAAGGAAAUUCCGCCGAUAAUGAAUGUCCUGAAUAUCCACGAAAACCUCUUGGAAGCCCUCUUGGAGAUGCAGGCGUAUGCCGAUUGCCAAGCUGUCCUUGCGAAAUUCGACGAUAUUUCGCUGCCAAAGUCCGCGACAAUUUGUUACACGGCGGCGUUACUAAAAGCGCGUGCCGUCGCCGAAAAAUUUUCGCCCGACAUCGCAUCCAAACGAGGUCUAAGUCCUGCGGAAAUUAGUGCUGUCGAGGCAAUUCAUCGCGCUGUCGAAUUCAAUCCGCACAUACCGCGUUACUUGUUGGAAAUUAAGCCCUUAAUUAUGCCGCCGGAGCACAUUUUAAAGAGAGGCGAUUCCGAGGCACUCGCAUACGCCUUUUUCCAUCUGAAUCACUGGAAAAAUGUCGAGGGCGCUCUCAAUUUGUUGCAUUGUACCUGGGAAGGCACGUUCCGCAUGUUGCCCUAUCCCCUGGAGCGUGGCAAUCUCUUUCAUCCGUACCCAACGUGCACCGAAUGCGCCGAUCGCGAACUUUUGCCCUCAUUUCACGAAGUCUCCGUGUACCCAAAGAAGGAACUGCCGUUCUUUAUUCUCUUUACGGCGGCAUUGUGUUCAUUUACGGCCCUGCUGGCACUUUUAACGCAUCAAUAUCCCGAAAGUAUGGGCAUCUUGGCGAGUUCGCUCAUCAACUAUCUGUCGCUGCCAUUUCAGUUCAUCAAGGAUCGCUGGCCCUGUAACUUGAUUACGCGAAUUUGAAUCACUUUUUGAUGAGAUUUUUUCUUGGAGUAAAUAUCUUUUUUUUUUGACUCGUUUUAAUGCGCUAAUUUUUAACUUAUUAUUUAUAUUAUGAUGCGAAAUCAUGGAAAUAUUAUUAUAUUUGUGUAAAGCAGUCCACGAUGUAGCGCGGAUUGACAAUGGAACUUGAAAUUAUUAUUAUUACAUCUAAAUAGUAACGAAAUAGAAUUAUUUCGAAUAAAACUACUUAAAAUUUGAA